AUGCGCGAGAAGGAGGAGAAGGGAGAGAGCAGGCGCUUCCUGUUUUCGAAACAGACAGACUGGAGUCGAAUCAAUUUUACCUUCCUAGUAUUUGUACUGGGAAUCAAAACGGUGUUUUGCACUUUACUAUUUAUAUAUAACCAUGUGUUGCUCUUUUUUAUAUUCUUCAUGUCCACAGUCAUUUCGCUGUAUGCACUGGUUGUAAACACCUUCAAGGCGUUAACCCUCUACAUAGUCAUUUUAACCUCUAUCCUAACAUCGAUCCUUUUGUCGCUAUUUGAUAUCAUACACGUACAGUAUAUAUCUAGCGUUUUUAAAGAGGUGUUCCUCUCCACCGUGUCAUAUUCAGUGCUACCCUUGUUCAUAUUAGAAUUAUUUGUAGCGAUUAUUUACACAUGCUUGAAGAGGAGAAGAAAAGGAUACAUCGAAAGACGUUUAAGGGAAUUAAAAAUAAUCAUCGAUGGAGAGAGAAACAAAGAGAAAGGAGAAAAACUCCUGUCGUUGCAAAUCGAUUUGGAGAAAAAUGAACUUAACACCUAUGACAAGACGUAUAAAUACUACUUGACUAAUUACAAAAACAAGAAAUACAUCUGCAUUGAGAAGAAGACUGAUUAUUCCAGUGACGAGGAGGAUCCAUGUCCCCAUGACAUCGGAAACGACUAUAUCGAUUACAAUGCCAUUUCGUUCAAGUCCUCAACUUUGAAGAAUCAGCAAAGUAGCAGUGGUAAUAAAGUCUUCCAAGAGGAAAAAAACGCAAAUAAAGGAUCCACCAAAACGGAUUCCCUGUCCUACUACCACGUCAGCGAGGAUUUAAGUUUUAUCCAUUCCGGAAUUAAAAAAUAUGCUAAACAGAACGAAAGAAGUAAUGCGAAAAAGAAAAAAUCGGCAGGAAACGGGAAAGGGGAAGGCGAUACCCACACUGUUGAUAGUUGUGGUGAUGGUUAUGGUAGCCACAUGCACAGUGAUAGCCCUCGCACGAAAGGUAGGAGGCGACAAUGGAGCAAUGACAAGCAUAGCAUUACAGAUAAGGGAUGUACUAACUUGGUGAAUAAUGAGACAGCAGAUGACAGAGAAAGCACAUCCAUUAUUUCACAACAUAUCCCGUCUCAAACACAGUUCCUAACGAAGCACAUCGAAGGAAGUAAUAACAAAACCAUGUCUAACACAUGGACGGAGACUCCACCAAAUCAUACAACAGAUCAGAGAGAGAAUUCCAAAAAGGGUUCUGCAGAAUAUAUAAAAAAUUCAUUUUCAUUGGAAAAUUACGAAGAAGUAGAUUAUAUAAUUGAAAAUUUUAUCGAAAAGAACAAGGACGAAGGCAAUACAAGUGUAGAUCUCAUGUUAGACUUCACCAAAGACACUGAACAACAAAAUGGCGCAGAGGGUAAUGCACAGAUGAAGGACGAAUUAGACAUGGAAAGUAAAAUCAGGGAAAAGAAUGACGGCCUCGCACAGAAAGAGGUACCACAGGAUGAGGAACCACAGGAUAAGACGCCAUUGGAUGAGACCCCAGUGGGAGCAUUCGACCUUACCCCGUUACCAAAUGUAGAGAAUCAGGCGGAAGAAACGAAUGUACAAAAUGACGAAGAAAAAAGGGAUAAUCUAUUGAGAGGCAUCACGUCCCAGGUAGAGGAAGAACUCAUAAAAAUGAUGACAAGCCAGAGCAGUGAUCACAAGGGGAGAAUUUACGCAAAAUGUACAGCUGAGGAAAAGGACUCUGGUCAAUUUGCGGACGUAGAAGAUCAUCAUGAUGACAUCUUCGCAAAGUUCGAAGCACAGCAGAAUAACCAGGGGGGAGACCUUCAUUCAACUGUCAGUGAGAUGGAGGCAAACCAAAAAAACCACCAGGGAGCGGGAGGAGUGGACCCAAAUGGCAUACCUAACAGGACGGAUAAUCCCCUAUUUUGCGCCCCCGCCAACAUGGAGGAGGAAACAAAAAAAGUGGGUGCAACGAAUGAGCAGGAACUUUUGAUGGGUGAGCAUUAUGACAAUUUCAAAAAUGCAGAAAUGGGUGCACAGGAAAUUUCCCCAAAUGAGGUGACCCCCGUAAUUAGCCCCACAAAUCAAGCGGGUGAGCACAGCGGAAAGGUAGUGGCUACGCAUGAUAGAGAAUCCUACCUGGAAGGGGAGAUCCAGGUGGAUGAAGAAAUCAAAGAACAUCAGGAGGAGCAGUUGGAGGAGCAGUCAAAGGAGCCUCCCACGGAACAGCCGUCGGAAUUGCCAUCGGGGGGAACUUUCCAGUUACCCAUCGAGUUUUCGUCCUAUUUACCCGUAAAACAUCCACCCGAGGAACCAUCCCAAUUACACAUAGAACAUCUCGCAGCCCUUCCAAGCUGCCCUGCGUCAAGCAUGCCAAACGGCAAAGAAGAAAAGGACGAUGGGGGUGAAGACAACGAGGACAGCCAAAGUGACAAAACCUCGGAGUCGAAAAAAACACAUGAAGGUGAAAAGCAGAUGAGAAAUUUCCUCUGUACCAAUUUAGAGGAGACGAACCUUCUUAGGAGUGCAAAUUACGCGAUAGAUACUAGCGAAUGGAUACCUCUAGAAAAAAAAGACAUAGAAAUGUUGAAGAAAUCUGUUAACAUCAACAACAUUGAGCACAUACCAAUUGAUGAUUUUUACACAAAAAAUAUAAAAGAACGUGGUGCUAAUCUGUUUUCCUACUCCAUUCAUUCGAGUAACAUCUCUGAAUUUCUCAAAAUCGGGGUGGACCAAAAGGCAUGUGCUAGCUGGGGUGCGCAACAAGAAGAGACCCUCAUCAACAGUGACGACAUAUGCAAAAAAAUAAAUUUCGCAAAUUUGGAAAAUAUGAAAAAUAGUUAUGUCACCCUUUUUCAUGAUUCACUUAACCCCCCAGGGGGUCUUAACGAAAACGAAAAUGUCACCGAAUGGUUGGAUCACCAACAGAUGGGGACCUCCCAUUUCGACUGUAACGAAAUGGUUUCAGUACACGAAUCUUCUCAUGUGGAAGGACCUGACCAAACAGGUGAAAAACACCCAUCGAAUGAUUGGCAAACGGGUGAAAAGAACCCAUCGAAUGACUUCCAACCGGGUGAGGACUCCCAUCAAGACUGGAGUGAAAAGAAGGAGCUCGAUGAUGGAAAAGAAAACGAGUCCAAUGAAAAAGGCUCAUAUCCAUUCGAACAAGUACACAUAAGUAGUAACGCCUUCAGCUCUAACUUGUACACAACGGAACACGGGGAGUAUAGCAAUUACGAGGAGGCCAUCAGGGACAACUCCAACAUUGCAAAGGCCUUUCUCAGUAGUGGCAUGUAUGGGGACAGGGGCGAAAUGGGAAGAAGUAACAUCAGCGAUGAACUUCCCCCAAGUAGCUUCGACAACCCGAAUUAUAAUAUCAUCCUUAAUUACAGCAGUUGUAAUGAUGAUAUCCAGAGUGUGCCAAAUAGCUCCCUCAUUAUUGUCAAGGGGGAACAUGGCACGGAAGAAUCAGAGAAGUCGACAAGCAUCUUCAAUCGGGGGAGCUACCCGAACAGCGAUAACACCAAUGAACAUGCUAAAUGUAUGGACGAUAAAGAUACGAAUAAAAAACAAAACGACACGGAGAACAUUGCAAGUAAUGACAUGUGCCAGACGACGUCUAUAUUUAAACAACGGAAGUUUUUCUUCGAGAAUUUAAAAAAAGACAAGUCGUUGAGCAGCCAUCCUGCAAAAAUGUCGAUCAGCAAUGAAAGGAACGUCCUCAGAAAAGUAAGCGGCAAAAGUGAGGGCGAAGUCCUCAACUCCAACUCGUCCAUAAAUCAACACAAAAAAGGGAACAUCCCAGUAGAAGAAUCAGAUGUGAGCAGUUCCACCCCCGAUGCAGAAGCUAACCAGACGAACACAAACCCCCCUCCAGAAAAUUUUGCAAAGUUAAAGAAAGCGAAAAAUAUAAAUGACAAUUUUUACAUAAUAAAUGAUAAGCUCAAAAGCAGCAAAAAGGAAAAGAAGGACAUGUCUGUUAUGGGCAUAUCUCCAAAUGAGCAGCUGACGCCCUCAAACGAUCUGGCAGGUAGCAGUACACCCGAUCUAUCCAAUCAGGUUAAAGAGAACGAAAUGGGAAAAGCAAAAAUCAUCGACGAAAUGGAAAAGGUACAAAUCAUUGAGGAAAUGGCAAACUCUGAGAGUAACCAAAACAUCACGCAGCAUUUUGUCAUUUACGAUCAAAGCGAUUUGGCAACGCCCAGUACAAAACUCGGUGAAGGAACACCAACCAUGGGGGAAUCACACAACUUGGAAAAAAAAAAAAAAAUCGAAGGAAUCGCACCCAACACCGUAAUCACCGUGAACAACUGCACUAUUAAUUCGAGUGCGGGCAUACAUAUAGAAGACGGCAAAAAAAGUAUGUUCAGUUCGGCUACCCAACUGAUUAAAGAUAUUUUCAUAAAUUCGCGAAAUGCGGAAAAAAUUAUUCACGAUGUAAAAACUGAAGGAAGUUAUCACAAGGUAUCUCUCCUUAGCCAAGUUAAGGAGGUUCCCACGUUUGGCAACAGUGAAGAAUCGAGCUUCCAGCACAGGAAAGAAAAAUUCACAGAAUUAAAAAAGGAAACCACUCCUAUGAACAGCAAUCCUCUGAAUGGCACCCCCCCCGUGGAAAUUACAAAUUCGAAGCUGAGUGCAUUCGCCGACAUGAACUCAGACCAUACGAAGGAAGUCUUUCCAAGCGAAGACAUGCCCAGCGAGGUGAUGAACUCGGAAGCGUGCCCCUACUCGGGCGGUUUGUUGCCCCUUGGUGAUAAAUCACUUCUCACGGGUUCUACACAGUUGGACAAAUUUAAGGACGAUUUUUUGAAUAUUAAUUCCUGCGACAGCAGCGUCAUGUAUAGGGACUACAUGGACGCAAUGAAUUCCGAGGGUCGGCCGGAGGUGGAACAGGUGGGAGAGGCAAAAGUGGAAGGGGUAGAAGUUGAAAAAGUAAAAGAAGAAGUGAAAAAGGCAAAAAUGGACGAGGUGCAAGUGGAUGCAGUUCCAGAACUGGUAGAAGUUAUUUCCGAACAGAUGAAAGUUCUUUCUGAGCCGAUGGAAGCCAAUUCCAAGUCAGUGGAGGCACCCCACGAAAAGGCAGGUAAUAACUUCCCACAUGGAAUAUCGCACUCCGUCGAGGAAGAGGCAGAUGCACACACGAAGGAGGGGGCUAAAUCAACCGGUCCAAAUGACGCAGCUCUGGAUAACGAAAAUCUCCACGUGUUGGACGAUCUGCCCACACAAAAGGCACAUCUAGAAAUGGAAAAAACAAACGCUUUGGGGAAUUCGAACCCUACGUGUGACGUAUCAUCCAGUGUGCACACAGAUAAGCAUGAGGCGGGCGAGCCCAAUGCCGCAAGUGAUCAUUUGAAAGAGGACCAAUCACCCGACACUGCAACGGACGUGAAGGAAAAUUACACAAACGAAAUUUGCACAAAGGAUGUCGCAGAUGAACAACCCUUUAGUGAUGACAAGCAGGAGGGAGAAGAGAAGCCCAACCAGGAGUUAACUGCCAAGGAAACAUUGCAAGAGGAACUCACAAAGGACAACUUCGAAGGGGACGAAAGAGAGCCAAGUUAUCCACACGAAGAGGACAAUCCAGUGGGUGACGCAGCUAUAUAUGAGGGUAACGAAGUACCCCCCCUAAAAGAGCAAAGAGAGGACAUCACUUCAUCGCCCACAGAACAAGCCCUAGACAAUUUAGAAAAUGUAAUAACCCCACCCAUGGUAGAAGCAAGCACCGGGGGUGGCGGACCAAAGGAGGAAGUGGCCUCAGAUGAAGAAAACAGCGAUGACGAAAUUGUUGACCAUAAUAACCAUAUGGAUGCCUCUGAUAAGGCAAAAGGGGGGCUAAGCGAAAAUCAAAAUGCAUCCAAGCUUAACCACGAAAAGGCUAAGAAUUAUAGAAACAGAAAAAACAAUAAACGGAGGAAUAAAAGAAGAUGA